AGGACCCGAGGCCGAGUCGAUGCCGAGGCAGUCUGCGGCGCGAUCUCAUAGAGGCAACACGUCCGCCCAAUCGCUCUCCCUCUCGCUGCGGUUGUGUUUGUCAAUCUCUUUCCCUUUCUGUUAUUGUUACUGUCACAGCGCCCUCCGUUCUAAGCCUCGCUCUUUUUUUUUCUUCCUAUUUGGGCUUAAUCAACAGUAAAAAAUAAAAGAAUAGAAAUAUCAAUGCGUUUCCUUGAUCUUGACAUUGGAUAACUUUUAUCAUCUGACAAACAAUGAAACUGAAGAAUUAGCAAGAAUUAAAGAACCACAUUGGCUCCCAAACAAGAAUCAUUCAACGUAUCAAGAUGUAGAUCUGUAUCAAGGACAUAUUCAGCACAUAUUUUAUACGUAAUUAAGACGGGGAACCGGCUUAAGGAGGAAAUCGCCUUCAACGGAAGAAUUUGCCGAGACGGGAAGGCAGCAGAGUCGGUAACAUGAACGAACGGCGACUCGGUCUCCUGGUCUUCGCCCUCGCGCUGCCCCUCGCCCUCCCGGAGGAUGUCUCUGGCGUGCGCGGGAAGAGGCAGGCCCCCGUGGGCGUGCUCAAUCCGCCCAUUCCCACGUCCGUCGGCCACUAUUUAGGCGGGGACAAGCCCGUGGACAACUGUCCGCGCGACGAGGUGACGCUGCCUGACGGACGGUGCUACCCCCUCCUGACGCAGGGCCCGUGCGCCAUCACCGAGUACGUCCUUCUCAACCCCGCCACCAACAAGGGCUACUGCGCCCCCCGCCUCUGCGCCCCCGACAGGAUCUUCAUCUUCAGCGAUCAGCUGUGUCACGACCCGAGGAGCACCUCUCUGUGCCCGCCGGGUCGCCAGCUGUACCAGACGAGCUUCGGGACGCCCGUGUGCCAGUGUCCCGACGGCACGUACGAGGGCGACGAUGACCUCGACGACGACGUGUGCGAGCCGCUGCUUGGCCAGACGCUCCUCUGCCAGCCCGGCCAGGUGUUCUGGUUCCGCGACUUCAGCCAGCCCCCCGAGUGCCUCCCCGACCCGUGCGGCGGCGACAACCUCAACCGCGGACCCAACGACCUGCCCUUCGUCCCCGCCGCCGACGGGAAGUGCUACCAGCUGGGCUCGAACCCCUCCGUGUGCCCAGCCCAGACUUGGUAUUCGAUUGCCCUCGAGAGACUGCAGGGUGUGUGCGCCACCUUGCAAGACGCAGGUUACGAGGUCUUCGACGCCGCGACGUUGGCUGCUCUGACUGAGUUGUACGGCCCCUUCAUUCCCAGGGACACCACGGCACCCAUCCCGGUUGCCCAAGGUGCUCCGGGCACUCAAGGUGCUCAAGGUGCCCCAGGCGUCCUACGUUCCCCAGGUGUCUCAGGCGUUCCAGGUGCCCCCGGUACCCAGGGUGCUCUAGGUACUCAAGGCAUCCAGAAUACCCCAGGUGCCCAAGGCGUGCAAGGUGCACCAAGCCUGCCAGCUGGUGCCCCACGGCCUACCCAGUUGGGUGGGCAAGCUCAGGUUCCUAGUCAGAGCCUGAAUGUCAUUAACGGCAAUGGCGCUCUGGGAGGGCGCCAGCCGGGAAGCGGCCUGACUGGCCAAGGGCGUCUGGACUUCCAAAGCGGCAGCCAAGCAGGUGCUGGAUCCCCCUCUCCCACCGGCCAAAAGAUCGCAGCUGGUGGGCAGCUGUCGACGGCAGGGCCUGGCAGCUUUGGGGCGCCAUCUGCCGUGGGAGUUCAGCGGCCGCAAGCCCCCUUCGGCGGGUCCCAGGCCUCUUUCCGCCCUUCGUCUGGCACUGCGGGUCAGCCUUCGUUCAGUCCUGUCCAAAGUGGACAGACUGCUUUCCAACCUUCAGGUAUCCAUUCAGCCGGUGCCCGGCCCUCAGUUAGUCGGCCAGCUGCUACUGAGAGCCAGAGUGGUUUUAGCCACUUAGUCGGCCGGCCAGCCAGCCCAGGAUUCCAGAAGCCUUCUGUCCACUCUGUUGGCAGUGGGGCGCGACCCUCCUCCGUCCAGCCAGCUACCCAAGCGGGUCACUUCCAGGGCCCCGUUCGGGCAACAAUCAGUCCGCAGUCCUGGGUUGACGGUCACAUUGCUGGAGCUUCUGUGCCGCCGCAAAGGGCAUCAGUCACCUCUGCUCCGCUGUCGUAUACCAGUCAACCAGGUAGGGACACUUCAACGGGCAAUUUCCCCUUUGGCGGGCAACCUGGAGAGUCUCAGGGGGCCUUCCCUUCGUCGUUCUCAGACGAGGCCUUUGGAGGAGUCCAAGGUUUCUCCAGCGGUGAUGGCUUCUCAGACUUCUCGUCGACCCAGGAUGACACCUCCUUUGAGCUCUUUGACAUGCCCGACUCCAGGGCAUUCCUUGGCUACAGCUACGAAGAGCCUCAGGGGCGUCCAUUCAACCCAAGCUUAGGUGUGAGGAGAGCGAAGCUACUCGCCCAAGUCUCGCUCCUGGGCGACGACGUAAACUACGGCCAGCUGUCUAGCCUCCAAGCGCCCGCCGGCCACAAGCUGCAUAACUUCUUCAAUGGCGUGCGUCAGAUUGUGAGCAAUCUGCCGAACUCAACGGGCACGCACCACCGCUCGCGUCGGUCGCCCCUGCCCCACGCCACGCCAGGAAAUGUCUUGGAAACGCGGCUGGUCGGGUGCCGAGCGGGCGCGCAGAGGGACAUCAACGCCAAGUGUCGGGAUACAGUGCUCCCCCCCCAGACCCCCGCCAGCCGCCCCUCCAGAGCCGCCCCCCCUGUUCCGCCGAGGAUGUCGUGUCCAAGUGGCCAAGCCUACAACCUGCAGAGGAUGUGCGAGCCCAUUGGCAGCGCCGUGUCUUCAAUCAAUGCCUUCAACCUCGGAUAGAACCCACCGUCUAAGAAAAUCAG